CGGCAAUCGUGUUAGGGUGACCCGGACGCCGCUUAAGAUGGCUGGUGUGAGGGAAAACUUGCAGGCACCGUAGGAGGAGAAGGUUCUCCACUCUACCGUCGCAUCUGACAUCACCGUUUGUCCGACAUCAGCGGCGUCAUCCCGGCCCCACUCGACCCCCGCUGCGAGACGCCUCGCCGUCGUGUUACUUGGUUUGGGUUUUCCGCGUGGGGAGGAUUGCAGCUUGUGAGAGAUCUGUGCUUCCCUCUUCAGCGAGGCUCUGGUCCUCUUCCUCCUCGUCCUUCGGUGUGGGGGAGACCAGCCCUUUCUUGCUGCAGCGUGAGAAAUGGAGCCCGACAGCGCCGAGGAGACCGCCGGGGAAGGAGAUGGGUGUCUCGGCGACCUCGGGCAGGCCUUCUCUAAGAUGGUGCACCGCCUUUCCGACCCGGAGCCACGGCGGGCCAGUGCACGAGGAGAUGCUCUUAAGGACCUCGGGGCUCUUAUAGAUGCCACAGAAUGGGACCGAUUGUUUGAGAGGAGCGGCGAGUGGGUUCGCAAAAUGCUGGAGAUCCUGGCACAGGUGACCAAAGCGCUGGAGAAGUAUGCAGCCCCAUCCAAGGAGGAGGCAGGUGCACGUGGUGGUCACUCCGAAGUGGCUGGUAAAGCUGAAGAAGUUGGCUUACUGUACCUUAAACUGUUGGGGAAAGUUGAGGCCGCCAAGAAGUCUCCACUCUGUUCCACUUGGAAGGCAGAUGUAAGUCACUUAGCGGGACCCAUCUAUAUUUUUGCCAUCUCUCACAGCUUGAAGCAAUCAUGGACCACUCCAAGAUCUCAGGAGGUGGCCGGAAAGGUGCUCACUUCACUCCUUCAAGUUACUGAAUGCAAUUCAGUGGCAGGAUUCCUAUGUGGAGAAAAUGAAGAGGAGAGAGGGAGAUUUCCUGUGGUCAUUGGACUUCUCAAGCCUGAUUUGAAUAAGGAAUCCUGGAAGAACAACCCUGCAGUCAAACAUGUUUUUUCAUGGACUCUGCAACAGAUUACUCGGCCCUGGCUAAGCCAGCAUCUGGAAAGGAUACUUCCUCCAUCUUUGCUCAUUUCAGAUGAUUACCAAACUGAGAACAAGGUUCUGGGUGUGCAGUGCCUUCAUCACAUUGUACUUAACGUGCCAGCUGCUGAUUUGCUCCAGUACAACAGAGCCCAGGUCCUGUACCAUGCCAUUUUCAACCACCUGUACAUGCCAGAGCACUGCCUCAUUCAGGCUGUGCUUCUGUGUCUGUUGGAUUUAUUUCCUAUUCUGGAGAAAUCCCUGCACUGGAAGGGAGAUGCUGUUCGACCCACCACACACUGUGAUGAGGUACUGCAGUUGAUCCUGACCCACAUGGAGCCAGAGCACCGCCUUCUCUUACGCAGAACCUAUGCCAGACAUCUACCAGCUUUUGUCAAGAGACUGGGGAUCCUAACUGUCCGGCACAUGAAGAGACUGGAGCGAGUCAUUACUGGUUAUCUGGAGGUUUAUGAUGGACCAGAAGAGGAGGCUAGGCUGAAGAUACUGGAAACACUAAAGCUUCUUAUGCAGUAUACUUGGCCUAGAAUUUCCUGCAGACUUGUGAUCCUAUUGAAGGCUCUUUUGAAAUUGGUGUGUGAUGUAGCAAGGGAUACAAACCUUACACCUGAACCUGUUAAGAAAGUCUUACUACAAGAGGCUACAGACUGCCUAAUCCUUCUGGACCACUGCUCCCGAGGACAGGUAAAGGAUCUUCUAGCCAGAGUUGUCUUAACCUGCACAGACAGCACAGUGGUGAACUGUAUUAGAAAAGUGCAGCAGAAUCCUGUGGAUGCUUCUGUCCUUGGAAUUUAAGAUUACUUCCCAAGAAGAAAGGAUUGUAUGAAUGGAGUUAGAGCAAAAGGUAUUUUUAUACUAAACGCUGGAAGUUUGAGUUUCGUUUUCCUUUAUUCUUUUCCUUUUACCCUCAUGGAAGUAGGGAAAGAAAACAAAAUAAAAACUGGGAAGUUGCCAUUUCUAAAUACAGUAGGAAGAGGAGAAUAGAAAAA